CUGAUCAGAAGCUGAUAAAGAGAGAGAAAAAAGAGAGAUGUUGCUGCAUAGCAUAUCACGUCUAAAAAACAGAAGAAAAGGAACGCAGAAGGUGAAAGGGACAGUGAUUUUAUUGAGAAGUAAUGUUUUGGAUUACAAUGAAAUCCAAUCUUCUGUUCUUGAUAAUAUCAGUGAGUUUUGGGGAGCAAGAGUUUCUCUUCAGCUCAUCAGCUCUGUUAAUGGAGAUCGAGAAAAGGAGUUUCAAGGAAAGGUGGGAAAGAAAGCGUACUUGGAAAACUGGAUUACCAAAAUGGUACCUGUAAAUCCAAAGGAAACUACGUUUAAAGUCACUUUUGAUUGGGAUGAAGAGAUGGGAAUUCCAGGAGCUUUCUUUAUAAGAAAUAACCAUUUUACCAAAUUCUUCCUCAAGUCACUCACUCUUGAAGAUGUUCCUCUUGUGGGAAGAAUCCACUUUGACUGCAACUCUUGGAUUUACCCUUCUAUAAAGUACAACAAAGAUCGCAUUUUCUUUGUUAAUAAGGCAUAUCUCCCCAAUGAAACACCGGAGCCACUUCGCAAGUAUAGAGAGGAAGAGCUCAAGAACUUGAGAGGAGAUGAAACCGGAGAACGUCAAGAAUGGGAUAGAAUAUAUGACUAUGAUGUCUAUAAUGAUCUAGAAGAUCCAGAUAGUGAUUCUACAUAUAUUCGUCCCAUUCUUGGAGGCUCAAAUCAAUACCCUUAUCCACGUAGAGGAAGAACUGGACGAGCACCUUCAAAAAAAGAUAAGAAGUACGAGAGUAGACUGUCAUCAUCUUUGACAUUAAACAUUUACGUUCCUAGAGACGAAAGAUUUGGUCACUUGAAGGAAUCCGAUUUUCUUGCUUAUACAUUGAAAUCAAUAGCUCAAUCAAUAAAACCAGGGCUUGAAGAACUCUUCAACAGAAAUCCAAGAGAAUUUGACUCCUUCCAAGAUGUUUUUAAACUGUAUGAAGGAGGCUUCCCCCUGCCCACAAAUUUGCUUGACAAGUUUAGGCAGAGCAUUCCAGCCCCAUUGCUAAAGGAAAUUUUCAGAUCUGAUGGUGAAAGGUUCCUGAAAUUCCCAUUGCCCCAAGUGAUCCAAGAUAGUAAGUCUGCAUGGAGGACCGAUGAAGAAUUUGCUAGAGAAAUGUUGGCGGGAGUAAAUCCUAUAAUCAUUCGACGUCUCCAAGAGUUCCCACCAUUAAGCAAGCUUGAUCCCAAUAUAUAUGGCGAUCAAAACAGCAAGAUAACUGAAGAACACAUCAUUAAUAGUUUGAAUGGACUUACGGUAGAAGAGGCAACGAAGCAAAACAAGCUUUAUAUAUUGGAUCACCACGAUGCACUGAUGCCAUAUCUCAAUAGAAUAAAUUCAACCUCUACAAAGACUUACGCCACAAGAACAUUGCUUUUUCUAAACGAUGAUGGCACUUUGAGGCCACUGGUCAUCGAGCUAAGCUUGCCACGCUCUGAGAAAGAUGAACUUGGAGCCACCACCAAAUUGUACUUCCCAGCAGAAUCAGGAGUUGAAAGCUCCAUUUGGCAGCUAGCCAAAGCUUAUGUAGCCGUAAAUGAUGCUGGCUACCAUCAGCUCAUUAGCCAUUGGUUGAAUACUCAUGCAGUAAUUGAGCCUUUUGUAAUUGCCACGAACAGACAAUUAAGUGUUCUUCAUCCGGUUCACAAGUUGCUUGUUCCCCAUUAUCGAGACACCAUGAAUAUAAAUGCAUUUGCAAGGCAAACCCUUGUUAAUGCAGAUGGGAUUCUUGAAGCAACUCAUUUUCAAUCAAAGUACUCUAUGGAGUUGACAUCUUAUAUUUAUAAAGAUUGGGUUUUUACUGAUCAAGCACUCCCCAAUGAUCUCAUUAAAAGAGGAAUAGCAAUUGAGGACCCAAACUCCCCUCAUGGACUCAAACUCCUAAUAGAAGAUUAUCCCUUUGCUGUUGAUGGACUCGACAUUUGGUCAGCAAUCCAAACAUGGGUCACAGAUUACUGCUCCUCCUACUACAACAACGAUGAUGCGGUUUGCAACGACAUCGAACUUCAAUCGUGGUGGAAAGAGGUCCGAGAGAAGGGCCACGGCGACAAAAAAGACGGACCAUGGUGGCCAAAAAUGCAAAGUUUACAAGAUCUAGUACAAACAUGCACCACCAUCAUAUGGAUUUCUUCAGCCCUUCACGCCGCAGUCAAUUUUGGCCAAUACCCUUAUGGAGGCUACACUCCAAAUCGCCCGACAAUAAGCCGAAGAUUCAUGCCUGAAAAAGGCACUCCACAAUACUUGGAACUCGAGGCGGAUCCUGAGAAGGCUUUUCUCAGAACAAUUAAUGCACAAUUGCAAACUCUUCUUGGAGUUUCAUUGGUUGAGAUUCUGUCGAGGCAUUCUUCUGAUGAGAUCUAUCUUGGGAAAAGAGAGAGCCUUGAGUGGACCUGUGACCAGCAGCCAUUGGAAGCUUUUGAAAAGUUUGGGAAAAGAUUGGAAGAGAUUGAACGUGAGAUUUUGAAGAGGAAUCGAGAUCCCAAGUUGAAGAAUCGAGUUGGGCCAACAAAUGUGCAGUACACUUUGUUGUAUCCAAGUAGUAGUGAAGGGCUCACUGGCAGAGGAAUUCCUAAUAGUAUCUCUAUCUAAAGUUUGUUGAUGUAAUUGUACUUGUGCACUAUUUUCUUUUUUACCAUUUAUGUUAUGUGGUUCUAAGACAAAAUAGUUUGAUUCUAGGGGUUUGCAUAUGCUAUGGGAUUACGAAUUGAUGCCAGUUACAAUGUGGAUUUUCUGUCUCUAGACUCGUUGUUCUGGACUGAAUAAUACUGUGACUAGUGCAGAGUUUAAACUCAAGAUUUCACAGUA